AUGUCGGCCAAAGAUGUGGACCCCGCAUUUCAAGGAAUCAGCCAUAAACCAGGAUUGGACAUAUGGCGAUUGGAGCAGGGCAAGGUGGUUUCUGUUCCCAAGGCCGACCAUGGCAAGUUCUACACCCGAGACAUCUACAUUGUGCUCAAGACCUCUGGAUCCAAAGCGGCAGGGGGCGUGACCCACGCCGUGCACUACUGGCUGGGCAAGGGAGCCACAGCAGAGGACGCGUCCCGGGCGGCACUGAAGGCGCUGGACCUAGAUAUUGCCGUGGGCGGCAAGUCAACGCAGCACCGCGAGCAGCAGGGGCACGAGUCGCCGCUGUUCCUGUCCUACUUCCGCCCCUGCAUUAUUCCCAUUGCGGACGGGGCGUCUGGGGAACCGAGGCUGUACCAGGUCAAAGGGAGACGGUUCCUGCAUGUGCGACAGGUGCCCUUUGCGCGCUCCUCCCUGAACCAUUCAGACGUGUUUGUGCUGCACACACCAACCAAGCUGUACCAGUUGAACGGCGCCAACGUCUCCAAGCAGGAGCGCAUUCGAGCCGCCGAUGCCACUCUGCUGCUCAAGCGCCAGUCUCCUAACGGCAGCAUGCCCGUUGCUGUGAUUGACGAUGGCAAGGCGGACGACGCCAGCUCCAGCGAGUUCUGGGACCUCUUUGGCGGCUUUGCUCCCAUCGCCAAGAAGAGUGCCAGUGACGACGACAUAGAGGCCAAGGCAGUGCCUCCCACGCUCUACCUAGUCACUUCAAGCGGUCUUCAGGAGCAAGCCAAGGCGCCCCUCAAGAAGAGUCUGCUGGAAAGCAGCAAGUGCUACCUGCUUGCCACGGGCCCGAACCUCUUUGUGUGGUUCGGGAAGCUCAGCACCGUGCCUGACAGGCGGGCGGCCUGUGUGGCUGCAGAGGCGCACAUGUCCAGCCGCCCCCCCUCGGUGCUAGUCACGAGAAUGAGCGAGAGAGGCGAGACAGCAGCCUUCAAGGCGGCUUUUGCGGAGUGGCCGCUCGCCCCUGUGAUGGGCGGAGGGGAGGGAGGCGCCAGCAAGCUCAAAGCCAUGCUGCGGCAGUCAGGCAUGGUAGACAAGGCAGUGGGGAGGGGGCCGCAGUCAGCAGCAGGGGCAGCAGAGCCGCCACCCCCUCCGCUUGCUGAAGUUGCUGGGGAAAUGAAGGUGUGGCGGGUGAACGGCAGCAGCAAGACACCAGUAGCGGCGGAGGAGGUGGGGCGGUUUCACAGCGGAGACUGCUACAUCGUGCAAUACACCUUCACUCGCGACCGCAAGUUCGAAUACGUGGUGUUCCUGUGGGCGGGCCGAGACAGCACUCAGGAGGAGCGCGCGUCUGCUCUUGCUGUGGCCUCCAAGACCGUUGACGCGCUGAGAGGAAACGCCACUCUGGUGCGGGUGGUGCAGGGGAGGGAACCCGAGCAGUUCCUCUCCUUGUUCAAGACCCACCUCUUCUUCCUCAAGGGCGGCAGCAGUGCGAGCUACAAGGCGAAGAUCGCCGCCCAGGGCGGCUCUGACGACACGUAUGACCAAGCAGGCGUGGCCCUGUUCCGCGUGCGCGCCCGGGGGGCGGCAUCUACUGGCGCAAGUGGUGCAGCGCUCUUCAAAGCGGUUCAGAUGGAUCCGGUGGCGAAAUCGCUGAAUUCGGAGGAUUGCUUCUUGCUCCAGACGCCGUCCAGCCCGUUUUUGUGGCUGGGCAAUGGCAGCAGUUCGGCUGACAAGGAUGCUGCUGCUGCUGCAGCUGAAAUCAUUAAGCCUGGCGCGCUGGUGAAGCAGGUGGUGGAGGGCAAAGAGACGUCCGUGUUCUGGCAGCAUCUGGGCAGCAAGGGCGAGUACCCCGCUUCCCGGGAGGGCAGGGAGGCAGCGCGGGACGGCAGGCUUUUCCAAGUCACGGGCAGUGGCGACAGCUUCAAGGUGGUGGAGGUGCCAGGGUACAGCCAGGACGAUCUCAUCAGUGAGGAUGUGAUGCUGCUGGACACACACACGGAGGUGUUUGCAUGGACGGGGGUUAACGUACCUGACAGGGAGAAGAAAGAGGCUCUCAACUGUGCACUGCGUUACCUGGACCGCGUGGCAGCAACGGAAGGGCGAUCAAAGGACACUAUGGUGGUGCGAGUGGUGGAGGGGUACGAGCCGCCCAUGUUCACUGCUCUCUUCCCCCACUGGGACCACGCUGCGAGUGCGGCCCUAGCAGACCCAUAUGACCGCAAGCUGGCUUUGCUGCAAGGAAAAUCGAUCGAGCUCUCUGAUACGGCCAAGCGUCGGCUGGCAGCGCUCACGCACCAAUCCCCGUCCGCCACGUCAUCCUCCUCCACCCCACGCUCCUCCUCCACCCCCCACUCCCCCUCCGCCAAGCCCUCUCUCUCCUCGCUCACCAUCUCCCCCGCGCUCAUCAAGGGGCUGGCGGGCAGGAGGGGGCCCUCCCCCGCCCCCUCGCCCUCCACGCAGAGAGCCGCUGCUAUGGCUGCACUCACCGGCACACUCAAGGGCGAGCCGAGACUGGAGCCUCUCAAGCUCGCCAGGGGAAACUCUGUCUCGAGCUCGGUGCAUGAAGCGGAUAACGAGGAUGACGAUAGUGAGGACGGCGAGGAGGAGGGGAAGAAGGGCGGUGGUGGCAGCAGCGACAGUGCAGCAGCAGGAGGAGGAGCAGGAGGAGCAGGAAAUGGGGAGGCUGCAGUGGAGGGAGUGUGUUAUGCCUUUGACAGGCUGAUUGUUGACAGCAAGAACCCGAUUCGCGGGAUUGACACUGCGAGGAGAGAGUCCUACUUGUCAGAUGCGGAUUUCCUCCGCAUAUUUGGGUACGACAAGGGCAAGUUUUACGCAAUGCCCAAGUGGAAGCAGGACCAGAGAAAGCGUGCUCUAGGGCUCUUUUAG